GCGCCUGCGCAGACAGUUUGUAUUUGGUGAAGCAGAUGAUGAGUUCGUACGUUUUAUGCAAUAUUUCAAGUAUACUUUGAAAUAAUUAAUAAAAUGCAUUCUAUUUCUGAAAUAGGUACCAAUGUCCCAGCUUUCUUGGGAAAGCUAUGGAAAAUGGUCGAGGACCCCGAAACGAAUGAUUUAAUAUCAUGGGAUUCGGAUGGUCUAAGUUUCGUCAUCAAGGAUGAUAACAGAUUCGCACGUGAACUUCUGCCAAUGUACUACAAGCAUAACAACUGGUCCAGUUUCGUGCGACAGCUUAACAUGUAUGGAUUUCACAAGAUAACAUCACCUGACUCCGGAAGUAUGAAGGUAGAGCCUCCAGAUGAGAUUAAAUUCUCACACCCUUGCUUUGUAAGAGGUCAUUCCUACUUGUUAGACAACAUCAAACGGAAGAUUGGUCUGAGCAAGGUGUACCCGAACCAGCCUGGGGAAAAGUAUAAUCUCAACAAGGUUCUGGCUGACAUGCAGCAGAUGAAAGGGCGUCAGGAGAACAUGGACUCACGGUUGACUGCCAUGAAAAUAGAGAAUGAGACGCUCUGGCGGGAGCUAUCCAUAUUGCGGCAGAAACAUAUCAAACAACAGCAGAUGGUCAAUAAGCUGAUCCAGUUUCUUGUCUCUAUCGUACAACAAAACAGCUUCAGCGUCAAAAGGAAGUAUCCGAGGAUGAUAGUACACAACAAGGGUGCUCGCCUCCGCCAGGAAAACACCCUACAAGACACCAACAGUCCUAUUAGUUCUCCUACUGGUCCUGUUAUUCAUGAGUUGGAAUCUGCGGAGGCAGAAACACUGCUGGAUGGUGUUGUAGAAGAAACAGAAACUGAGACAUCUCCAGAAGAUGUCACUGACUAUUUCUUGACACAGCCCAGUGAAGAUAUUGACGAGGUAGUUGUCAAUGCAGAUGUGCCUGGUGAUGAAUUGAUCCUUGGCAUGCCGCAAAAUGUACUGAUAGAAAACCGUCAUCACAAGGAUUCCAGCGACAAUACAACACGAACAACAACACAUUUAUAUGUUCCAAAGAAAGAACCGCAGAUAAGACCAAAAAUAUUAAAAGUAAUCACAUCUAAACAGCCAAAAAAACUACAGAGGAACCAGAUCAGAGUGGGAUCAGUAGGACCUGUGACAUCGGAGAGUUCUCAUCAGCAAAAAGCCACAGCCGUACAGCAAAAUAUCAGGGUGAAUCCACAGCAAACUACAAUCAGUUUACAGCGGAUAGGUAAUAAUAGGCAGAAGAUUAAACUCAAUGAAUGGCAACUCCCACAGAAGAAUCAACAGCAACUGUUGAUUAAAAAACAACCUGUACAGAGUAAACAACAGCAGACACUGCAGAAAAGGAAACAGCAGCCAGAGGGAAAUUCACAAUUCGUAUUAAAAAAAAAAAAAAUCAACAAGUAUGGGUCCACUACUACCAGUUCUGAUAUGAUGGCCGAGGUAUAUGCUGGUGACACCACGGACUUCAGCAUUCCUGUGGUGGUGGAGGUGCCUCCCCUCGGGGACACUGUUCAACUGGUCUCCCCACAAGCUCCACAGGAUCUGCUGCUCGCCUCCCCCUCAGUGACGUCGCACACUGAACCUGCCCCCUCCCCUGUCAUCACAUCUCCCACACCCAGAAGUGACAUGCAGGUGGCAUGUGUGGAUGACUCUCAGGUUAAUGGCACACCGCCUUUGACCAGGUCUGCUGUGUUUUUAGGUGAAAUGGAUGAUCAUUUAGAAAAUGUCCAGACAGAUUUGGAGAACCUGAAAGAGCUUUUACGGAGUGAGGGUAUCAGUCUCGAUGCAAAUGCUUUACUAGGGUAUUUCAAUGAUGACCUGUUAUCAUACAACUUGUCAGAUCCAGUGUCCAGUGAGGAACCCAACAACAGCAAGGAAAGUCCUGGAAAUGAACUUAUGACCUAUAACCCGUCACUGUUUGACUUGACUGACUUGAUGGGAUCAGAAUGGAAUCUGCCGACUAGUCCUCCUCCUAAUGAGAACCUUCCUGCCGAGGAUUCGUUUGCUGAAGUGAACACUCCCCAGUUCGUUCCACAGAGUCCAUCGUUCCCCACGGCGGCCAAAAAACGGAAGAAGUGAACACUAGUACAUGUUAGCGUAACUGUCUGGGUGCUCAGUUCUGUCAAUAUCACCCUGUGUACAUAACAAAACAGUGUUGCCUUCAGGUCCUGCGUGAGGAUUGCGAGGCAUGAUCAUCACACCCCUCCCAACACGAUGUUGGAGUACAAUGAAGUUUGAAGACCAAUGCAAAAUUUGUAUUGUGCAGGUCAGAUGCAAGAGGUCACAGAGGUGCAGGUCACAAUCUAUAAAUAAAUGUACUUUUGUUAAACAAGCCAAAACAUAAAAUUUUGUGGAUAUAAUCCAACGGAAAAGCUCACAUCUGGAACACAUGUUGUGUUUAAAUGUGGGUAAUGAUUAAUUUAAGCUUUAUUUUAUUUUCAUGACUUUGUAUAGUGAUAUCCUUAGUGAUUUUACACACUGGUGAUAGUUUUACAGUUUUAUUUUUUUUAACAUUCAUUGUCCAUUUUUGUUGUCAAAAGUUGGAUUUUCUUAUUAGAAUUGGUUUAAAAUUCCAAUAAAUUGUAAAACACAGCACA